AAGGCUUUGUCCCUGAUGAACAAAAACAUGGAUGUCUUGGAAGGGGCCAUCAAGGAAGCUGCUCAACAGGGUGCCCACAUCAUUGUGACUCCUGAAGAUGGCAUCUAUGGCUGGCGUUUCACAAGAGAAACCAUCUACCCCUACCUGGAGGAUAUCCCUGAUCCAGCAGUGAACUGGAUUCCCUGCACUGACCCUACAAGAUUUGCUCCUGCUCCAGUUCAGGAAAGACUCAGCUGCAUGGCCAGGAAGAACUCCAUCUAUGUGGUUGCAAACAUUGGGGACAAGAAGCUGUGUAACUCCAGUGAUCCCAGCUGCCCCAGCGAUGGGCGCUAUCAAUACAAUACCGAUGUUGUCUUUGAUCCAGAGGGGAAACUGGUGGCUCGUUACCACAAGUAUAAUCUCUUCAUGCCAGAAACUCAGUUUGAUUACCCAAAAGAGCCAGAAGCUGUCACCUUUGAGACUCCUUUUGGGAAGUUUGGCAUUUUCACUUGCUUUGACAUCCUUUUCUAUGAGCCUGCUGUGGUCCUGGUGAGCAAGUUGCAGGUGGACACCGUGCUCUUCCCGACGGCUUGGAUGAAUGUCCUGCCAUUUCUGACUGCAGUUGAGUUCCACUCUGCCUGGGCUAUGGGCAUGGGUGUCAAUCUCUUAGCUGCCAAUACACACUACACCAAGAUGUCUAUGACAGGGAGUGGUAUUUAUGCACCAGAUGGAGCCAGAACAUACUACUACAAUAUGAAAACUGAGGAUGGUCACCUCCUCGUUGCCGAACUAGAUUCACACCCUCGCCUUUCUCCUGCCUCCUCACCUGAUGUCAAGUGGAACUCACAUGCUUCAAGCGUUGAAAGAUUUUCACUCAAUGACCGUGAAUUUGAAGGAAUCAUCUUCCAUGAUGAGUUCACUUUCACUGAGAUCACUAAGCCUGAGGGGAAUCGCACUGUCUGCCAGAAGGACCUCUGCUGUCACUUGAGCUACAAGAUGGCAGGGAAAAGAGAAGAUGAAGUUUAUGUGCUGGGUGCUUUUGAUGGGCUUCAUGUCGUUGAAGGACAAUACUAUUUGCAGAUAUGCACGCUGCUCAAGUGCAAGAGCACAGACCUGAAGACAUGUGGGCAGCCAGUGGAGACAGCUCAGACCGAAUUUGAGAUGUUCUCCCUCAGUGGCACGUUUGGCACCGACUAUGUUUUUCCAGAAGUCUUGUACAGCGGGGUGCAGCUGGCACCUGGGGAGUUUGAGGUGUUGAAUGAUGGGCGCUUGGUAAGCAAGACAAGACCAACAAAACCAGUUGUCACUGUGACACUUUUUGGACGAUGGUAUGAAAAGGAUCAUCUUGAAACAAACCCCACAACAGCCAACUUUCCAUAA